GCAGUGGAGGGCGCUCGUUCUUUCAUGAGAUCGAUCGGAAAUAACACUCCUUUGAGCUUGAUGAAUUGUGUGAAGGUCAUCAAGCUUUUAUCGUUUUUCAAAUUGUAUGUAACUUAGGGAAAGUGAUUAGGACAUCACUUGAUAUCUUGGAUUUGUUGGUAUUUUUUUCAUAUUACAAAAAAAACCUUACUCCUUCGAAAACCGGUCUGUGGUGUAGACGGCUGCGGUAUUUCAGACCGCAGCCUGCAGGCAGAAACGUACGUACUACUAGUACUAGGCCCCCUAGUAAAAAUACAACGGGCCUGCUGUUUCGUGGACUGCUGGUGUAUAUGUACGGCUACUAUGGCAGCCCCAGGGAAGUCUAGUUGCUUGUUGGUCGUUAGCUCAAAAGAAGGUAUUCCAGCACAGUCGUUCAUUCAUGCUUUUACACUGUGCCACUCAGCAUUCAAUCUGCAGCUAGCAUCACCAGAUAGGAAGCCACUAGAUUUCAUUGAGCAAGAUGAAAGUAGCAAACGAUGGCUGAAUGAGUUCAAAACUAAGCCCUUCUCUACACCUGUCAGGUUAGACACCAUAGAUGCAUCUCGAUACUCGGCGCUCCUGCUGGUGGAUUCUCCCGGUGCGUUGCAUGACCUGGCUCAUGAUCAGGAUCUUGCACAGAUUCUACGUCACUUCAAAGCAGAAGCAAAGCCUGUGUGUGCCAUUGGUAUGGGCGUGGCUGCAUUGAUUUCUGACAGAGAGUCCAGUCAACCUGGUGCCAAGUGGGCCUACUGUGGCUACUCAUUGACAGCGCCUUCUGUGUAUGAGCUUGCCCGAUCCCCAACCUUCUCAAGUUUACCCAUCAUUCCAGAAGACUUUAUCAAAGACAAUGGAGCUACAUACAGUGCUAGUGAGGUUGAUGCUGUUCAUGUAGUGGUGGACAGGCACUUGAUUACCGGCCAAAAUGAAGCAUCCACCCUAACAGCUGUACAGAACCUCAUCUUACUGUGCAAUGCCAAAUCUAGCAAGGGAGCACUGAAGUAAGCAGGAAUGAAGACCUUUCAUGCCAUUGCCAAGAUGAUGAAAAGCAGACAAGUGAGCCAGUUAAAUGCAUGACCAAGUAAGCUUCCAAGGAGUAUCUCAUGUGGAAGAGCAGCAAGAUAGAGAAAUACAACAGCACACAUUCUUCAGCCUUCUGAAUGCCUGGGGCCUACUGUAUUAUGAAUUCAUGAAACAAGCCUUGGUGAUGUCAUAACUGUAGAAAAAACCCAAAGUUACUGCUGCUUCCCAAAAUAAGAAGCCGAAACAUAGGCCUCACAGAACCACUAUUUAUAAAUCUGAAGUACAUUUGUACGUGUGUAUAGGUUACCAAAGGCGUAAUGCUCGAGGAAAAAGACUGGAACCCAGGCAGAUUGUAGUUUUUUAAGUAAAGCACACAUCUUUUCACAAGGUUUAUGAAAUCUUUCAGUUGUAAUGCCUACUGCAUAACUUUUCACUUUUACCAUAUCAUCAAAACCUUGAGACAUCCAGAGGUACAUGUAUAGUGUAGAGUGUGACCUUUAUAUUUUGAAGUAUACAUAAAAAGUUUAAAUCUGUUCCAAAAUUUCUUCAAACGUUUAAAAGAAGCUCAUUUUACAAAGUUAAAGGUCUUUUUAUUUUCUAUUAUGUUAGGAGUAAUUUAAUUUCAGGAAGCAUUUGAAUUCCUGGUUACAGAAGAAUUGAUUCAGAUAAUAACCAACAAUCCUUUGUUGUCUGAUGAAAUCUGUAUACAACUCUUUUGUUUGGCGAUCUCAAUAACACAGUGGUACCAAGAUAAUGCUUACUGCCUCUCCUACAUAUGCUGUUUUGAAUAAAAAGUACUGAGAUUUAUGUCGACAUUU